AUGGCACCCAGUCAUUCACGCACCGGCUCAGAAGAGUCCAACCAUUCUUCCAUGGCCUACAUCCUCGAACACGUCUUGCAGUAUCCCGGCAGUUAUGACAUCCCGCUCAAGACAAUGUACGAACUGAACCGCGUGGACCGAGCUCAGCCGCUGCCCAAGAUGCUGCACAAGUCUGGAAACACGUCUCCUGUCAAUGGCCAAUUUGCCUGGAACAGUGCCGAAGCCGCCGCCAUGAGUUUCACCUCGUCUCUGAUGGGUCAGCUCAAGGCCCUGCCCACACGAACCAGCGCCCUUCCGCCUGCCUUCAUUGUCAACUUUGUUUCACGGACCUUCAUGCCCGAGCCGUCUGACGUUGACUGGAGCCAGGCCUUGACCGCGCUCGACUACCUCAAAGACCUCGAGACCCGGCGGCGCAGAGAAAUGGCGACUACAUUCGAAGCCCUUGAUGUGCACAGGGACACUUGGGAGGCUGACAUGGCCCGUGUCGCCGAAAAGGCACCGGGCAUUGCUCUUUGGAUCAACAACCUCGAGGGCAAGAACCAUAAGGCCGAGUCGUACUAUGCCCAAAUUUGGGUAGGGCUCCGUCGAUGGAUUAUGAUCAACCAUCUUUCAGACGAUGAGUUCAACAAGCUCAACUGCAUCAGCUACCUCAAUACGCUGUUCCCCCCUGUCCACAGCCAGACGACGCUCCCCUCGCAGUAUCUGGACCACGAGGCCCUCAAGGAAGAGCGCCAGGUCUUCUUCGACAUGAUCAGCCAAGUGCAGCGAAGGGGUCCUGACGUGCUGCUUCCGCUGAUCCACCGGGACAAGCGCCCGGAAGACGCUACUGGCUGGCCCUCUGUGCAGAGGAUUGUUGACAAGUACCUUCGAGUGGCGCAGAACAUGAUUCAGGACUGCAUUUCAACACAUGGCCCAGAGUCGUUCGACCGCUAUGUCCAUGGACCUGUAAAGGACAAGAAGCAUGACUCUGGCGUCAGCUUUGGUUCGGAGCGUAGGCCCAGCAUAGGUUCCAGCAUGUACGAGAGGCCGGUGCAAGAGCCAAUGCCCACCUAUGCAUCCUCUACCAAAGGCCCUAGCAAGCUGGAGAGGAUCACGCGCGAGUUUAGGCGCAUGCGCGUCAAGCCUCGACCCGAAAUCGAGGAAAUCACACGCAUCAAAGAGCAAGACGCGGCCGACUACGUUCCCCAAACGGGCGAGAAUGUUGGAAAGAAGUCGCUCAAGAAGGCUCGGUCGCUGGCCAGCAUCCGAUUUGGCAACAACAGCUCGACGUCCCUGUCGAGCCGAAAAGGCAGCGACGCACUGCCAUUUGAUGCCGACGAGAUGAAGAAGCAUCGCUUGAUGUACGAAGCAUCAGUCAGCAAAAAGGCCAGUGGGCAAGUCUAG